AUGGCCGCUAGGAAGCCAAUCUUCAACCAGCAAGUCCUGGUCGAUACGACUCCGCUGCCCGAGGAUAUUCCCAAGGUCAAGGAGGUCGGCGCCACCUCUGCGCCAUUGCUGUCAGCUUCCUUCUUCAUUGGCGCCCGAUGCCGACCUUACAAUGAUGAUUUCAUGCAAUGCAAGACCGAGAACCCUGGCAAGGGCGAGUUUGAAUGUUUGAAGGAGGGCCGCCGAGUCACAAGAUGUGCUGCUAGUGUGGUCGAAGACAUCAACAAGCACUGCCUUGAUGAGUUCCGGAAACACUGGCAAUGUCUUGAGGACAACAACCAGCAACUUUGGCAAUGCCGCAAGCCCGAGUGGAAGUUGAACAAGUGUGUAUUUGACAACUUGAAACUCGAGAAGGAGCUCCCAGAUGCCCAGGGAAUUCCCGUGCACCUACGUUCCAAGCAAAUCUACGCCCACUAUCCCAUCCUCAGAGACCCUGGCCAGAAGCCUUUCGGCAAGUCUGUCGAGCCACCAUCAGCCCAAUCUGCCCCGGCCUCAUAG